GUAGGUCAUCGUAAUCAUAAUCUGUCGGUAUUCGUGAACUCCUUCCUGGAUCGAGCUUCUUUAGUUCCGCAUCCUGCUCCAUCAACAAGGUCCGCAGAAAUGCUAUUUUUUUGUCCCUUUUCUCGAGUUUUACCCGGAGGGCAGCUAUGGUUUCCUUGGCUUUUCUAAGUUUCUUUUCAGUCUUGGUGUCAUUUUCCCUACCCUGUUUACUUCGUUGUUCUUGUUUUGAUGGUGCUUCAGUAUCUGAUUUCUCCGAUCGUGGUGAAUCACUGUCGUCCGUUUGAUCCUCGCGGGAGACGUCCUUCCAUCUCAAUUCACGAGUACGCAUAUGAGCUCGUGCUGGACGUGGUUGCGCUACAUUUUCGAAUUCUUCUCUUUCUUCAUCAGUAAUCGUUGGUGUUUUGGGGGUUAUGACCCUCCUCUGUGUAGCAGUUGGUGUAGAAGCUUCCCUUGGGCCACUGGAUCUGUUGGCUUCUGGCUCUUGCUUCCUCCUUCCAUCUGACUCUGAUUUUACGCGCUCUGUGCUUGGGCGCUUGUAAAUAUAGUAAAGAGUUAUUAGUACAAUGA